AUGGAGAUUGGUUCCCGGGGUCCAUGGGUGGUCAUCCAUGGGCGAAGAGGAUACCGCGUGCGAGUGGCUGGUACCCCAGUCUUCGAGGGCCCAUCUCCUUCUGCCGAAGCUGGGCGACUCCAGGCAGGGGACGAGGUAAGCUUCGAUGAAGUCCAGAUCCAAUCCAACGAGAGCCAGGGGCCGAGCUUGCCGGGCCUGCAGGAUCUGGAUGGGUGGAAGCCUGAAAGUAUGGGCAGCCUACCACAUCAUGACUUAGUUCUAACUGCUUGGCUUGAGAUGGAAUGCAUUUCCUUCCCAAGGACGGUCCUGUUCUGCGAGCUGUCAGCAAGGACUGGCCAUCAAAUGAUGUUGGUGUCCGACAUGGUUCUGCUGUGGGAUGCCGGCUUUCGGGAGCACCUAGAGGCAUAUGCAGAAGACGAGGACUUGUUGAAGCGAGAGUUCGGCGAGGCUUUCAAGAAGCUCACUGAGCUCGGCUGCCCUUGGUCCAAGGCCCACAGAGCACAUGCACACUUGUUUCCUCCAAGUUCAGGUCCCUUGGGCGCAGCGGACUUGCUCUUAAUAUCUUCUCUACAAACCUGA